AAUCGUGUCGGAGGAUUUUUCCUCUGCGAUUCCGUCGUUAUUAAUUUUCGUCGAAAAUGGCUUCGCGAAUUCUUAAAACGUUCUUAACUGCAUCGAGAGCAAUAACCAGUGUGGCUCCGAAACGUUAUGUUACCACUUUUCCUGUAUUGCGAAGGCCUAACCAGGAAUCAAAAACCGAGCAAGUGCGCCCAACAAUUAGAAAACGGGAUCAUGAACAAAUUGAACAGCUGAAGGAUUUUGGCCAAUACGUAGCCGAUUGUUUGCCAAGAUACGUCCAGAAAGUGCAAAUAGCUGCGGGCGACGAAUUGGAAAUUUUGAUUUCGCCCGAAGGUGUUUUGGGGACAAUUUCAUUUUUGAAAAAUCAUCAGAAUGCCCAAUUUACUAACAUUGUCGACAUCACGGCUAUGGACGUUCCCGGCAGGGAAUACAGAUUCGAACUUAUUUAUAAUCUUCUCUCUAUACGAUUCAAUUCUCGUAUUCGAGUGAAAACUUAUACGGAUGAAUUAAGUCCGAUUGACUCAAUUACCAGUAUUUUUGAGGGAGCCAAUUGGUACGAAAGAGAAGUUUGGGACAUGUUUGGAAUAUUUUUUGCGAACCAUCCCGAUCUUCGGAGAAUUCUCACCGAUUACGGAUUCGAGGGACAUCCCCUGCGAAAAGAUUUUCCACUCUCUGGAUACAUUGAGGUCCGAUACGAUGAAGAAAAGAAGAGAGUUGUUGCCGAGCCUCUCGAAUUGGCCCAAGAAUUUCGAAGAUUCGAGCUCUCAGCUCCUUGGGAACAAUUUCCAAAUUUUAGAAAUUCGCCUCCAGCGGCCGAAGAAGUUUCAACGAAAAAGUGAAAAGAUAGUCAAUCUAUAAUAUUAGAAGAGUUAAUUUAUUAAGAAUUGUAAAAAAAGGAGAAGUAUCCUGAUUUUUGUUUUUAUAAAAAUAUAAAUGUUUACAGUUCCAGUAAAUAAAAGAUGAAACAGAGU